UCAGAGCUAAUGAACUCACCAAAAAAGAAUGCUUUUCCAACUCUAAACAACCUUAAAAUUAUACAAUCCUCUUAUGGUCAAAGAAUCAAUAAAUGUGUAAUUAUUUUAAUUAAUAAUUGUUAGACUCCUCUUGUGAUCAAAAAGGACACCAAAAAGAUUAUUGAUACAAAAUUACUAUCAUAAACAUCUAUCGAAUAAGCUAAACAACGCUUUAUUUCUAAUCAAGAAAGAUAGAAAUAAUAGUAGAAAAGCCUACCUCCUAUUAUGAAAAAAAAAGAAUUUCAUUAAAGAAGUGUUUCAGUUUCUGCCCCUAAAACGCAAUAUUCAAAAUACUUUUAUUUUAUAGGAGAAGGCAAUAACAAUCAACUAAUUAAGAAAUUAUUAGAUGAAAGAUAAAAUUGGGUAUAAGUUAAGGACCCAAAAUCUAAAAAAAUUAAUUUUAAAUGGUAAGAAACUGAAAAGGGUUAUGAAUAUUAAACAAUCAAUUAAAAAGAAUAAGCUAUUUAAAUGCUUAAUCAUUUUGAGUUUCACUCAGAAAUUUCUGAUAAGUUUAAGUUAGCUGUCAAUUUUAAAGCAUAUUGCGAUGUAUCUAAUUUUUAUAAUAAAGAAAAAUAGAUUAAAUAUAUAUGAUUACAUUCCAACCACCUUUGCAAUAGAAUGCACCAAUGAAAAUCUUAGAUCUGAGUUAUUUUAGUUUAUUUCCUUUUAUCGAUAAAAUUGUCCUCAACACAAAUUAGCAGAAUUGGAUAAAACAAUCAAAUAGAAUUUCUUUUCUUUUACAACCCUUUAUGAUAACAAAGUAAAUCAUUAUCCAACUCUAUUUGGUAAUGAGAACUUAUGGAUUUUUAAACCUUCUAAUAUGAAUUAAGGUAGAGGAAUACAUGUUGUAAGAAGUUUAUAGGAAGUUUUGGAUAUUUAAAAUAAAUACCAAGGAGGAUAUAAGGAAAAAUUGUUAGAAGUCAAAAGAAAUGAACAAAAUGAAAUAAUUAAUAAGGUGGUUUAUUUAAAUACACUAGUGACAGAAUAAUUUGUUAUUCAAAAAUAUAUUGAAAAACCAUUUUUAAUUGAUGGGAGGAAAUUUGAUAUUAGAGCUUAUGUUUUAUUGACUUCAAAUUUAUAGAUAUAUUUUUAUAGAGAAGGUUAAUUGAGAUUGGCAACUGAAAAAUUUGAUACAAAAGUUUAAUCAAAUUAUGUUCAUCUCACAAAUAACGCUAUUUAAUAUACUCAUCCAUAAUAUGGAAAAUCUGAAGAAGGAAAUUAAUACAAUUUUGAUUAGGCUCAAAGUUUAUUUAAAAAAGAUUUUCGAAAAGAUGUAAGAAUAAUUUAAAUUUAGAUUUUAGCAAAAAUUAAAAUGAUAUCUUAUACUGCAUUUUAAACAGUAAAGCAUAAAAUAAAUAAAUAAAAAAGAAAAAACUGUUUUGAAAUAUUUGGAAUGGAUUUUAUUAUAGAUGAAUAAUAAUAUCCUUGGUUGAUAGAAGUAAACACAAAUCCAAGUUUAGAAGUAACAAGCAAAUUAUUGGAUUAAUUAUUUCCAAGAAUGGUUAAUGAUGCAUUUUAAUUAACAAUAGAUUUAGUUUUUCCUUAAAAUGAACCAAAUCACAACUACCCUUUAAUGAAUUAUAAAAAUGAUGAAAAUCUAUGGGAAAGUAUGGGAUAUCUGUAAUCAUCAUGA